ACAUCGCGGGAAGUGAAGCAGGAGAAACGGCUAAAUGUUUUGAAGCGACCAACCUGCUGUUAGCUAACACAGGGGUAGGUUACUAGCUUAACAUUGGCGCAAAACGUUUGUACCUGUCAAGUUACAUAAUGCUGCUCAAUUCCGUGAACUAGCAUGUUAGCAUCACUGUUUUGUUGAUUUAUGACCACGUCGGACAUUUUACUGCAACGGUUGAGACUGGAAACCGUCGCCGCAUAGAGGCGUGAAUGAACGCAUAACUUUAGCUGCACUGACAGGAGUAACAAGCGAGCUCCUGUACAUCAUCUGGCUGAGGGAAACAGAACCAGACACAGAGAGAGGACCAUGCUACGAAUAUGAUCAACCCCAAUGGCUUCUCAAAAUGCGAGGCGACUCUGCGAGCCAGGAGCCGGAGGAGGCCGCUUGCAGAGAUGCUCCAUCUGCUCUCAGCCGUCAUCGUUUGGCUGGUGACCGGCACCACCAUCUCCAGCCUCAACAAAUGGAUUUUCGCGGUUUACAACUUCAGGUACCCUCUGCUGCUGUCGGCGCUGCACAUGCUGACGGCCAUCGUGGUGGACUACGGGCUGAUCAAGCUGCGGGUGAUCCGACAUAGAGGGGCCGCCGAGCAGGACCUGACUCCGAACGCUAAGUGUAAAGUGUUCCUGUUGAGUCUGACUUUCUGUGCCAGCAUCGCCUUCGGAAACAUCGGUCUAAACUAUGUACAGCUGUCGUUUGCACAAAUGAUCUACACUACGACGCCGCUCUUCACUCUGGCCAUCUCCUCUCUGAUCCUGGGUAAGCAGCACCAUAUCAUCAAAUACACGGCCAUGAUGCCCAUCUGCCUCGGAGCGUCCUUCAGCAUCAUGGGAGAAGUCCAGUUCGAUCAGACCGGAUGCUUCUUUGUGUUUGCAGCGACCAUGUUGAGGGGUGUCAAGUCCAUUCAGCAGAGCAUUUUACUUCAGGAGGAGAAGAUCAACUCCGUCUUCCUGCUCUACUUGAUGUCCAUUCCCAGCUUCUGCAUCCUGGCUGUGGCCGCUCUGGCCUUGGAGAACUGGGCCAUGCUGGAGUCGCCGCUGCAUUACGACUGCCACCUGUGGGUCUUCAUCCUGCUCAGCUGCCUGGGCUCGGUCAUGUACAACCUGGCCAGCUGCUGCGUCAUCACGCUCACCUCGGCCGUCACCCUGCACAUCCUGGGCAACCUGAACGUGGUCGGCAACCUGCUGCUGUCCCAGCUGCUGUUCGGCAGCGAGCUGUCCGCACUCAGCUGCGCCGGCGCCGUGCUGACGCUGUCCGGCAUGCUCAUCUAUCAGAACUCCGAGUUCAUCGUUAGCUGCAUGGACGCGCGCAAGGCGAAGCCCGAAGGGACCGAUUUUGAAUCCGAGUCUGGGGGGGAUUCGGUUAAGCAGGAGGGGUUUGAGAAAACAAAUCAUCCACAAAUAGUGGAUGGGAAAGAGAAAAUGGACUGAUCUGAAAGUAUAAAGAAAAUGAAGAAAAAUAAUUACUGGAUACACUGUAAUUUGUGUCAUGCAAGGGGCAGAACAUUUCCUUCCUUCCCUGUGCCAACUCACUCAUGUUCUUGACAGAAUUAGAGUCUCCACAGAAAAAAAAAACAAACAAAAAUAAAAAAAACACCAUGACCCUUCAUGGAAAAGGUUCAAAUCAAUUCCUCAUCUAGCCUAUAGAGCUAUAUGCAUGCAUGAGCACACCGAACGGUUUGGUGCCGCUGAGGUUACAGACUCUGUCUCUCCUACUACUCCACUGUGAAAAGCAUCGUCAGCUCCAGAGGGCUGGAAUCAGUGUUCUCGGGGACGGUUGGUCAGGUUUGCAGAGACUCUGGAAGCACUUUUGCCCCGCAUCUGAUUAAACUCAAGUUUGUAUUAAGAAGCUAUAUUGAUGGUACUGUUGCCUUGUUCCAUUUUGGACAGGGGCUGAGGUUUUAUGGCAGCUUUUUUGUUGUUGUUGUUGCGUAAAGCAGGAGCCGGGUUGUUGUUGAGCUGAAACGUUCGGUGCAAUGAGUCGCCUCUUUUCCACUGAAGCACAUACUCACUAAGAGGCCGAAGCUGUGUGUUUUGUUCUCCUCUAUGAACCUUUCCGUCACUCACCACUAAAAGCCCUACAUUGUGUUCUCGAGAAGUCUCUGUUGGGUUAGUCCAAUUAUGAGCGGCACGUCGUCUUCCUCGCAGCGUACUUUGAUAAUUAGUGUCACAAGUUCUCUAAGGAACGUCGCUCAACUUUAGCUCGUCUUCCUCCUGUGGAAAAGGUCAAGAAAAAUAAGAAUGAUGUUUCUUUUUAGCUCUAUUCUUUUCACUGAUGCUUUUUUCUUUUAGGGAGUUUGAAAAGAAAAUAUAGAUUUUUUUUUUAUUAUUAUUAUGAGCGUCUCGGCGAAUAUUGGCUGAAAAUGCUGUAGGCUUUCUUCAAGUGUCAUACAGUUGAUACUAGUAAGCAUUUGUCUCUGUCUAAGCUCUCCAUUAUGUGAAAGCAUCCAGACUGCAUGCGAUCCACUCUGAAUUCAGCAUGUUUGGUAUGCCAAAUAUUUACUUUAUGUUGUUUUACAAGCUGUGUCAGUGGCUCCUUGUUGCUGUUGUUGUUCAGAGUUUGAGAUCCUACGAAGUAACUCCACUAUAUAUAUAUAUAUAUAUA